GUCAAAUUAAACAAAAUUACAAAACAUGAUUGUAACACUAUGUAUAAUUAUGAACAAGAAAUAAGCGAUAGCGAUUCUGAAUUUAGUGAAGAUAAACUUGAAGUAUAUUUUUUACAAAACCAUCAUAAUGAACAUUUGAUAGAUGGCUUUCUAGUAAAUCCUGAAUAUCCAGCUCAAGAAAGCGAUGAGGAAUCAGAUCCUCAAAAUAAUUUAUCUGUGAUACCAGCA